GCCGUGAUGGCGGAGCCCAGCUGAGGCGGCGGUGAGUGUCGGGGCUCGCCGUUGAGCUUCCCCGCCCUCCCCGCCCCGGUUGUGACGGAUUAUUAUCCAGGAGGAUUUAGACCUUCCUUAAAAAGAUGCCUGCUGCCUGUGAUUCAGUGCUUGAAGAUAUUGAAGAUAUUGUGUCAGCAGAAGAUUUGAAACCACGUGAUCGGCAGUUUGUAAGAAAGAAUGUUUUUCCCAAAGUGCGAAAACACCAUUCACAAAAGAAUAUUCAGACAGAUGAUGAUCCCCCAAGUGACAGCAUUAUUCCUGGUGCUCAGAAAAUCUGGAUUCGUACAUGGGGAUGUUCUCACAAUAAUUCGGAUGGUGAAUAUAUGGCUGGACAGCUGGCUGCAUAUGGAUACAAAAUUACAGACAACUCCGCUGAAGCAGAUUUAUGGUUGCUGAACAGUUGUACAGUAAAAAAUCCUGCUGAGGACCACUUCAGAAACUCAAUCAAGAAAGCCCAAGAAGGGAAGAAGAAAGUGGUUCUAGCAGGCUGUGUGCCACAAGCCCAGCCUCGUCAGGACUACCUGAAAGGCUUGAGUAUUAUAGGGGUUCAGCAGAUAGAUCGUGUAGUAGAAGUUGUGGAGGAAACUAUUAAAGGUCAUUCUGUGAGACUGCUGGGUCAGAAAAAGGAUAAUGGAAAACGUUUGGGGGGAGCACGACUGGAUUUGCCAAAGAUUAGGAAGAAUCCACUGAUAGAAAUCAUUUCCAUCAAUACAGGGUGUCUCAAUGCAUGUACCUACUGCAAAACUAAGCAUGCCAGAGGGGAUCUAGCAAGUUAUCUGAUUGAAGAACUAGUGGACAGAGCCAAACAGUCUUUUCAAGAGGGUGUUUGUGAGAUAUGGCUGACCAGUGAAGACACAGGGGCUUACGGCAGAGAUAUUGGCACAGACCUCCCUACGCUUCUGUGGAAGCUGGUUGAAGCUAUUCCUGAGGGAGCUAUGCUGAGGCUUGGCAUGACAAACCCUCCCUAUAUUUUAGAGCAUCUGGAGGAAAUGGCAAAGAUUCUCAAUCAUCCAAGAGUAUAUGCUUUUCUGCACAUACCAGUCCAGUCAGCCUCUGACAGUGUGCUCAUGGACAUGAAAAGAGAAUACUGUGUGGCAGACUUCAAACAAGUAGUGGAUUUCCUUAAAGAAAAAGUGCCUGGAAUAACAAUUGCUACAGACAUCAUCUGUGGGUUUCCAGGAGAGACAGAUGAAGAUUUUCAAGAAACAAUGAAACUUGUAGAACAGUACAGGUUUCCGAGCUUGUUUAUUAAUCAAUUUUACCCACGCCCAGGAACACCGGCUGCAAAAAUGCAUCAAGUUCCAGCUACAGUGAAAAAACAGAGAACAAAGGAUCUGUCCCAGCUGUUUCAUUCAUACAAUCCAUAUGAUCAUAAGGUUGGUGAGAGGCAGAGAGUUCUGGUAACAGAAGAAUCCUUUGAUUCCAAUUACUAUGUUGCUCACAAUCCUUUCUAUGAGCAGGUUCUUGUGCCAAAGGAUCCUCUGUUAAUGGGUAAGAUGGUAGAAGUGAAUAUUUAUGAAGCUGGGAAACAUUAUAUGAAGGGGCGACCAGUGUCAGAUGCCAGAGUUUACACUGCAUCCAUCACCAGACCGUUAGCAAAAGGAGAAGUUUCUGGUUUAACAGAGGAGUUCAGACAUGCACCACAGAACGGCACGAAGUGGAAAGCCCACCCUUCUGCUGAAAGCCCAGUGAAAACACCGCUCAGCUCCUGGAUGGCUUUGCAGCUCCCAUGGCAACAAGAAGGAGGUGGACUGAAGAUACUGUCUGUCAGCCUGGCUCUACUGGCAGUUCUUGUUAUGUUUUACUACGGAGGAAUGAAAACAGAACUGUGAACUGAAUGAGGCUUUUAUGAAAACAAUAAAACUGCUGUUUAAAAUCUUCAAAGGAAAUACUUUUACCAAAAAUUCUUUUUUCUUUUUUUUUUUUAAAAGCGCUAAUAUAAAUUGGGCAAUAAUUUGUACUCACCCUAUGCCUUUCCUGCCAUCCAUAGGAAUGUUAAUAAGCUCUAGGGAGAUCUAUCUUGCCAAAAUUUGAGAUCCUUGAUUGGCAGAACAGUUUGUUGCAUCUUUCCUCUUUGUUCUAAAAUGAUGCAAUGUUUGCAUUGCUUACUCUUUUCAUAACUGCUGUAGCAGGUAAAAUUGCAUGCAGGAAACUCAUGAGGUUUAUAAGAGAUCUUUCCAUUGAGUGAUGUUGGUAAUCUUUUAUAGGCAGAACAUUUAAAGCUUUCUUAAAAAUUUUGCUUAAUGCAGUGUGAUGGUUUGAUAUGUGUCUCUCUGCAUUAGAAUCAAACACUGCUGGGCCAUUAAAGUUUGUCAUUUGUUGCUAUUUAUUUUGCUGUCAUGUCUGAAAGAAUUUUUGUCCUUCCAUCUUGCCUCUCUCUACUUCACAAUGUGUUACUAGGCUUUGUUAAUACAAGAAUUAUUUUUUACAUAGAAAUAGUUUUAAAGGUAUUGGGUUUUUAUCAUUGGAUGGGAAGAUGGAGUUCUGGUGGUAGAGUUCUGUUAAAAGAUUGAUUUAAUACAGUCUCUAUAGAUUUAGUAUAAUGCUCAGAGACCUACAUGUGAAUCUCGUAUUAGCUGUGCAUUGGAUCAUACUGUGUAUAAGACAAUAUUGCUUUGUUAGUGGGGAGGUUACAUUUUGCACACUGCAAAUUUCUAAUUAUUUCUUCAAGCCAUUUUUGUCAUGACAGGAUCUCCACACAUCUUGAGAUUGUGCUGGUCAGUCAGGGACUGGACUCUGUGCCCAGUUCUGCCAGAAGCUGUCUGCAUGAUAUUGUUCAUUCGUUCAUGCCUUGUCACCUUUCUGGAUCUUCAGCCAAACUUUAAAAAGUCUGUUUAAAAUCUUAAGAGCAGGAACUGUUUGUUGGGGUUUUUUACUAUGUUUGUGUUGUACCCAGCACAGACGGAGCUGAGCUGCCUACGUGGCUGUUGUGGUUUAAGCCUGGUAGGCAGCUAACACAGAGCCGCUUGCUCACUCCCCCCCUGGUGGGAUGGGGGAGAGAAUUGGAAGAGUAAAAAGGAGAAAGCUUGCGGGUUGAGAUAAAGACAGUUUAAUAGGCAAAGCAAAAGCCACGCACAAGCAAAGCAGAACAAGGAAUUCAUUCCCCACUUCCCAUGGGCAGGCAGGUGUUCAGCCAUCUCCAGGAAAGCAGGGCUCCAUCACGCCUAAUGGUCACUUGGUAAGCCAUCACUCUGAAUGUCCCCCCCUUCCUCCUCCUUCCCCCAACUUUACAUGCUGAGCAUGACGUCCUAUGGUCUGGAACAUCCCUUGGGUCAGUUGGGGUCAGCUGUCCCAGCUGUGUCCCCUCCCAACUCCUUGUGCCUCCCCAGCCUCCUCACUGGCAGGGCAGUGUGAGAAACAGAAAAGGCCUUGACGCUGUGCAAGCACUGCUCAGCAACAGCUGAAACACACCCGUGUUAUCACCACUGGUUGGGUCACAAAUCCAGAACAUAGCCCCAUACUAGCUACAAUGAAGAAAAUUAACUCUACCCUAGCCAAAGCCAGUACAGUGGCUCUACAGUGCAGAUGAAUAAUUUCCUAGGAAGGAUGCUUUGUACUUUAUAAAAUGAGGAUUCCUAGUAGUUACAGACAAUUAAUCAGGAAGUUCCACCAUGAUGCUUUCAGUACAGCUUGUAAAUUAUAGCAACAAAUGUAACUGUCUUCAGGAAAUUAGGUGUGUAAUGACUUGAGUAUUAUAGUGCUUAUUGCAACCACUGAAGGUCAUGAGCCAAGACUCAAAACUCAUGAGAUUUUUUAAAAAACCUGUGCUCUUGAUUAGCUUCUGCUUGGGUUUUUUUUUCAGGCUUUUCUUUACAACCAGGAAUAUGUAACAAUCAGUAAGUUACAUUUCUAACAAAUCUGAAAUAUUCAAAAAAACCCCACUUGACUCUGGGAGCGGAAAUUUUCAGGAAAGUACCAUAUAUCACAAGAUUUUCAGGAAAACUAUGAGUUGACAAAAUCAUUAUAUCUGAGCCAAAUUUUUGCAUUUGAUGGGAAUAAACUAUGCAGAUAUGUUCUGUGCCUCUAGCACUCUCUCUGUCAGCCACUCUAGCUUAUCUAAUCAUAGCAAUUACAGACUCAUUGCAUCAGCUGUUAGAGAUUUACGAAGCUUGUGAUUUAGAUUCUGUGCAUCAUUGGCUUUAAUGGGACCAGCUUAUUUUCUUAGAAAUAAUGCAAUAUACAGAAAGAGGGUGAAGAAGACUCUGUAAAUGUCAUUGCCCACAGAUGCAGUGUAUUCUUAAACUGAGCUUUAACCCAGUGAGUAGGAAGUGUUGUUUAUCAAGUAUUUUAUUAUCUUCCUUUAGAUUUUGAGAGGGCUUUUUGACACUUUGUAUUGUAGAGCAGUGGAGUGUUUGUCAUUUGCUCCUGUUUAUUUACAACUAAAGCUUUCAAAGCCACUGAGCUGAACAAGUCAAUUCUGGUCAAACAGCUCAUCUGGACCUUCAGGCAAAACCCAAACUGCAUGCUGCUUGAGGCUGUUGUUGAAGGCUGCUGGGAAACCUCAGUGAGUAUAGAGUGAAUUGUAGAAGUGUAUCUGCUUCAUGGAAGGGGUUGACCUGAACACAUUUGACCUAUGAUUUUUGCUCCCGUCUGGCUCCCUGAAUGCUUCUAACUGCCAUGCCAGGUGAUGUUUUCAAUUUUUACGUCAGCAUUAUGUUUGAGGCCUACUUCCACCAAGUAUUGUCUCUUUGCAAGCCACGAGGGUGGAUGAGAAAUCUACUGCACUCCCAAGUUAAUGAGGUCAUUGCAGGAGAAGUUUCCCCACGGUCAAUUGAUCUCACUCUUACACGUGGGUGAACACACUCAUCACUAGAGAAUGUGUCUGCUAAUAAGCAAUCUACAUUCAAUGCCUGGUUUUUUUCAAAGCAAAAAAGAAUCUAAUUUCCUUUUGGUACCAAGGAAGCCUCAACUAUUUUUCUGAAAUGUCUGUGGUAGCUCUGAGUUCUCUUUGGCUGUUUUCAGUGAGGAAUCUUGCAAACCACAAGACUUGAAUAGCAAAGACAUCUUAAAUCUCUUCUGAACAACAUUAAGUGCACACUUUUUAUGUCCUCCUUGUGCGUGGGUUUGGAUGCUGGAGGACUUUGUCAUUUAAUCUUUUCAUUCUAGCUUUCUAUUAAUGGUAUACUUGUUAGAAAAAGAAUAUGAAAUAAAAAACGUGGUCUCUGUAAAGCUCGUUCUAUAAAGCAGGAGAGAGAAAGAAGAAGAAGGUACCUUUUGAGGAGAGUUCAUCCACCUCUAUCACAUCAUUGCCUGCACAUCUCUGAACAUCUGACAGCUUCUGUUAAUUUAGUUUCACUCCCCAGUUCAACUUCCCUUAUGGAAAGCUGGAGUGGUUUUUGAAUAACAGCAAGUAAUAUCUGAAGUGGCAGCAACUGGCAACUCUGACAUUGAGCUUGGCUGUGGCCAUUACCCAGAAUCCUUCUGCUCUUCUUGAGAAGCAAUUACAAUUUCACAGGUUGGAAUUAACAUUCCCUGCGGUAUGCAAUAGAGUAACUGAAACUGUCAAAGUGAUUUCAAGCUGCUAAUCUCUCACUGCUCAAAAAGUGAAAAUAGAGCCCCUCUUACCCAGGCACAGAUCUGACAACUUAAAAACUCCAGCCUUCCACUACAUUUAAAUACAUAUGGAGAGUGGCUUGAUCUGCUCACAGAGGAUAUCUGUAAAGAUGUUAUGUCUACGAACAUUUGUGUGUUAUUAACAAGUCUAUCUUUUUUAACUUUAAGAUGUGUGUAACUUCAGGAACUAAGACAAAUAUAAAAGAAGUCUUAUGCAAGAGCUCUGAGAAUUUGGAGGAAUGAGUAGGCAUGUGCUUGUUUGUGUGAGGCUUAUUAAAAUCUUUAUUUAUGUAUUUUUGAA